AUGGGAAACAAGACAGCUGCUGAUGCAUGGGACGACGAUUGGGUGACGCAGGCUGACAGGGUUGCCAAAGAAGAAAAUAAUACUCCAGAGCCGCAGGCACCUAAGACUAAACAGGAGCGCAUUGCCCAGCAUCGGGAGCUCCAGAGGAAGCUCUGGGAGGAAGCCGAGGAGCCCCCGCAGAUGCCCUACCACGUAGCCGCCUCCAGCAACGUCCCGUUCGCCCAAGGUUUCAAGCCACAGAUGAAACUUCUCAGCCGAAAGCCAGUGAAAAAGGUGGUCGAUCCUGUCACUGGAAUAGAGAAGUUGAUGCUCGAGGACGAUGACGAAGACGACAGAGACAAGAAGCCUCAGCUGCCUACCGCGGCCGAGAUCGAGGAGAAGCGCAAGCAGAAGGAGCGCGAUUACGAGGAGAGGCGCGCGAAACUAUUUGGCACCCCUCCACCAGAGACUACGUCGGGGGCGACCACGCCCGGCGCUACGACACCACCGCUGGUAGGCGAGAACAGCCGGGGCAACUAUCGAGGACGUGGUCGUGGAAGAGGAGGCAGGGGAGGUCGAGGCGGUCAGCGCAACGAAGGUUACAAAAACGACCUGAGAAACGACUCCAGGAGUGAAAACUACAGAGGCGGAGUCAGGAACGACAGCCAAGAUGGACGCCCGGGGAAUAGCAAUGGGGGAAGUCCGUACCGGGAGCUCUUCGAUCCUGAUGCCUCGUCGAGAUCUGCCUCUCGUCCACAGCGCGGGGGCGCCACGUCAUCACCAACACGGGGUCCGGAGUCAGCAAUUCGAGCACCAAGGGGACCAGACAGCAGUGGAGCAAGAGGUUUUGGAUUCGCCAAUCGUGGUGCUAAGGAAGGCUGA